GGGACACGAUAUAAAAAGAGCUGAGGGACACGGCAGCUCUCACAGCCUUUCAGAACUUGGAUUCGAUACACGUGGAUAUUCGCACCACCAGAGAAGUCACCAUGCCGCUGCUGACGAACUGCUGGAUUUGCGUGACUGCUCUAGCGCUGACUCUGACCACGGGCCAUGCUUUGAGAAGGAUCGCCCUGAAGAAGAUGCCGUCUAUCAGAGAGACACUGCAGGAGAUGGGAGUUUCUGCAGAGCAGGUGUUGACUGAGCUGGCCCAGAAGAGUCAGGACGACACCAACAACGGGACCGUUCCCACACCUCUUACCAACUAUUUGGAUACUCAGUACUUCGGCGAAAUCAGUGUCGGCUCUCCGGCUCAGAUGUUCAACGUCGUGUUUGACACGGGCUCGGCCAACCUGUGGGUGCCCUCUCAAAGCUGCUCACCUUUCUCCACCGCCUGCUUUACUCACAACAGGUACGACGCCUCCAAAUCCCGGACCUACAUUGAAAAUGGGACCGGAUUCUCCAUCCAGUACGCGUCUGGAAAUGUCAGGGGAUUUCUGAGCGAGGAUGUGGUCGUGGUCGGUGGUAUUCCUGUGGUGCAAGUGUUCGCCGAAGCCACCUCUCUGUCUGCCAUGCCCUUCAUCUUCGCCAAGUUCGACGGCGUCCUGGGGAUGGGUUACCCCAACGUGGCCAUCGACGGCAUCACCCCGGUGUUCGACCGCAUCAUGUCUCAGCAUGUCCUCAAGGAAGAGGUGUUCUCUAUCUACUACAGCAGAGACCCUAAACAUUCCCCAGGAGGAGAGCUGGUCCUCGGUGGCACGGACCCAAACUACUACACUGGAAACUUUAAUUAUGUGGAGACCAAAGAGAUGGGCAAAUGGGAACUUAUAAUGAAAGGCGUCUCUGUGGGGACGGAGAUGAUGUUUUGUGUGGAGGGCUGCACAGCUGUGAUCGACUCAGGCUCCUCCUACAUCACAGGCCCGGCCUCUUCUGUGUCUGUGCUGAUGAAAACCAUCGGAGCACAGCAGGAUGAAAGCGGAUACAAAGUCGACUGUGACACGGUGAAGACGUUGCCCAGCGUCACUUUCCACCUGGGCGGCCACGAGUACUCAAUCACACAGGAGGAUUAUAUUCUAUGGCAAUCUCAGAUCGAAGGGGAUGUCUGCACCGUCACCUUCAGGGGCUUGGAUGUGCCGCCCCCUGCAGGUCCCAUCUGGAUCCUGGGAGCCAACUUCAUUGCCCGCUACUACACUGAGUUCGACCGUCGAAAUAAUCGGAUAGGGUUCGCUACUGCGGUCUGACGGACAGACAACCAGCCACCAGCCACCAGCCACCCGGCUCCCUUCUUUCGUUUUUCUCCUUGGCUACCAUCUCCCAAUAUUUCCUCGCCGCAUUUCAGUCCACCUCUCCUUUCAGUUACAACAACUCUUGGUUAAAAUGAGCAACUUUCACAGAGAGGAUGAAGGGGAGAACGUAUCAGUUCACAUCAUUUCUUGCCUUUCCACUUUCCUGUCAUAUGACGUUAGGCAGCAGUUGCACUGAACACUUUCUGAACAUGUUUUUAUUUAUAAAUUAGUUUCUGUGUGUGUGUGUUUGUGUUUGUGUGUGUAUGGCUCUGUUUAUCACAGCAACAAUGGAACCCCAUGUCUGCACUGUUCUGACUUAAGUAAAAUAAAGUUGUUUACUGAGGUUUCAGUUUGUUUCAA